UGUUGUAGCCUGUAGGUAUAACCGAAUUGUUGAGGAACACCACAAUGGCACAAUCGCUUAUCUGAGACAGAUAAAACUCGUCUUCUUGCAAAUAAACAAGUUUGCGACUACUAGUGAUUUUAUUAUUCACUUAUUUUAUAUUUUUAUAAAAUUAGAAAUGCAGGCUGAAAAUAAGGAUAAAUCUAAAAUUGUAGUUGUCGGAUCUUGCGGAAUUGAUUUUACAACAUAUGCGCCAAGACUUCCUUUGCCUGGUGAAACGCUUAUAGGUAAUAAGUUCACAACAAGCUUCGGAGGCAAAGGCGCUAAUCAAAGUGUUGCUGCUGCUAAAACUGGUGGCAAUGUGUACAUGAUUUGUAGGGUGGGUGAUGAUCUUUGGGGCGAAAAAUAUAAAGAGCAUUUAAAAAACGCGGGAAUUGACGUAACUAACGCACAUGUGACUAAAGAUACUACAACUGGAAUUGCUCAAAUAUCAGUAGCUGAUAAUGGAGAGAAUCAAAUUGUUAUAGUCCCCGGUGCUAAUAAACAUCUUAGCAAAUCUGAUGUUGAAAAUGCUAAAGAACUAAUAAAAACAGCAGACGUGCUUAUUGGACAAUUAGAGACUCCAUAUGAAACUACUUUAGAAGCAUUUAAAUUAAAUAACGGAAUCAAACUACUAAAUGCUGCUCCUGCCAUGGCACACAUUCAAACAAUUCUACCUUAUUGUACAAUUUUGUGUGUAAAUGAACCUGAAGCUUCAUUGCUUGUUAAUUUUAAUGUCAAUGUAUCUAAUAUUAAAAUUGCACUUCACAAACUAUUAGAAAGUGGAUGCCAAACGGCUAUAAUAACAUUAGGUGAAAAAGGUGCUGCUUACUCCUUGAAAAGUACAGGCGAAUGUGUUCAUGUUUUCGGCAACAAAGUAACCGCUAUUGAUACAACAGGCGCUGGAGAUGCAUUUGUUGGUGCAUUGGCUAGUCUUCUUGUAAAUGACAAAAUUCAACCAUUUCAUCAAUUAAUUGGUGCAGCUUGUGAAUAUGCUACGAUGACAGUAACAACAGAAGGAACACAAACAAGUUAUCCAGGGAAUUAUAUUCCAUUUACCAAAAAAUAUGAUUAUGUUACUCUGUAAUAAAAUAAUUGAGAUACAAAAUUAAACACGUGGAUUUAGAAAUAAAA